AUGCCUGCUGAAGAUGUCAUCAGACAAGCUGCAAUUAACUGUAAUCUUCCAUUAAAUCAAUCCUAUCAACUUUUCGUCAACGUUGCUAUGGGCAACCAAUCAUACCUCCUAGGUGGAGAGACAUUACGUAUGCAUGGUGUCCAAAAUGGCUCAGAGAUUAUAAUCAUGAGCUGUAAUUCGAAUGUUACAGCAGAAAAUAUGGAAAAUCUCGAUUUUAACAACUUCCAAACGGGCCAAAUCAAUUAUUCAGCAGUUGACUACUCAAUCAACCCCAAUUAUACCUUAAAUUCUACGUUUUUACCACCAUUGCAAUUUGAUCCGGGCUUUGCUGUCGACUAUAACAGCCAAAACUUCCAAACAGGUGCCGAUCAAUUCUUUUACGACGAUGUAAAUCAAUUUCAAACAGGAAUCUUUUAUGAUCCUUCAUUAAAUACAGCGCCACCUGUUACAGAUUCUGGAUUUUUCCAAUUCCAGUCACAGAAUACUCUCCAAAAUAAUCAAGCUGGCGGAAGUUCCGUUUUUAACGAGAAUAUGGCUUUCAAAGUCCAGCCAGAUGAUUUACUUCUAAAUACUAGCAAUGGUCCACAAUAUGCAAUCGAAUACGAUGUCGCUAUUAACAACAACCUUACAGACGAAACAAAUGUUUUUGAUUUUGGUGUUUUAAAGAUCGGAGAAAACGAUAUGUACCAACAAAUGGAGAACCAAGGCUUCCAAGCAUACAGUACUACCGUCCAUGAUAUGACAAAAGAAGACGGAACAACUACGGAAAUGAAAUUCUUUAAUUCUCUCGAUUAUAACGAAGUUAAAACAAUGGUUUUAGCAGUACUCAACCUUCCAAGCGAUGUUCGUUACUCACUUUUAUUCGUUUCUAGCGCUGGAGAAAGAUAUUGGCUCAAAGAAGGAAAAUCUCUCGAAAGAUUCCAAUUUACAGACAGUUCUAACCUCUUCGUUUACUACCGUGACCUUAAGGUCAGGAUAUUUACGAAUCAUUUCGAUCCAAGACUCUGCACAAUCGAUGCUGAAGAAGAAGUCCACAAAAUCGUGGAAACUCUCGCUGAAAACUUCGGAAUUGUCAACUACCAGUGCUAUACGCUCUACACUCUUACUGAUGAAGGCAAAGAAAAAGCUCUUCUUCAACAUCAAACAGUUCCUGAACAAACAGACCAAUUUACAAAACUAGCGUACAGAAGAGAAUGGUUUGUAUUCUCCAGAAUUGAUAUUUCCAACAUCACAGCUGCUGUUCAGACUUACAAAGAUGCAAAAUCAAGAUUAUUCAGAGACAAAAUCCCAAUUCCUUCAAAAAUUGAACUCGAAUUCGCCUGCUUACAAUUCCUUGUUGAAGCCGAUAAGCAAUCACGUAAAAAUCCGAAGUUCCCUUCAGAUGUAGAUUUCUUCUUCCCACCAGAUGCCAAUAACGGAAAAGGACUUGGCCAAAAACUUGCUAAUUAUGUCAGGGAUUACGAUCAGCUCGACCAAUUUAACGCUCUUCGUCGUUUCUUCAGAUUAUUAAAGAAACUUCCAGGUUUCGGCUGCACAGAGUUCGAUUGCACAGUUAUCGCUCGUACACGUGCUGGAUCUUACGCUCUUGACUGCAAAGUUGAGGUAGGACCACACACAGUCUACAUUUACGAUAAGCUUUAUCCAGAUACUCUCGAAGACUUGAUUUCUUUCACAAAGAUCAUCAAGAUUGAGUUUGCUGAUGAUGUUCUCGGCAUUCAUUUCUACGCCAGAAAGCUUUUCGUCGCUCAAUACGAUUUCCAAUGCGAAAGAGGCAAAGAAAUACAAGCUUUGAUCGACCGUCACCUCGAAAUUAUGAGAGAUCUCAUGUAUUCAAGAGCUAAAAACACCGCUUUGCUUCCUCCAGUCGUUAAUGAGAAGUUCAAGAUCAAUUUAUUCACAUCAGCCGAUAUAAACAAGACAAAAGACCUUGAUUCCUUUAUUUACGAUAGAAACUAUACAGGUAUGCUUCUUGUUGCUGUUGCUGAAUCGCAUCUUAAAAUUAAACAUAACGACAACCAUAUUGCUCUUAUGAAGAUGGAUGAAGAAAUCUACAGAUUCAUCAUGAAAGAUGAGAUCCUUGUCCUUUGCGGAGCUCAAGAAGGUAUGACCAUUUAUAUUCUUGAAAGAUUUACCAACAUUGAGAUCUCAUUCAGUGAUGGAACAAAGAAAGAAAUCAAACUAGAUAUCACAAAGAAUAUCGAACAGCUUACAAAAGACUGUUUCGCAAGUAUUGAUUUCCCACCACUUACAGGCUUCACUUUCUGGACAACUGAUGAGGACGGACAAUUAAAGCCACUCGAUGUUCGUUUCACCAUCCCAGAACAAACUCCAUUCUACUCCAAGUUAACCUUAAAGAGAAGAUUCUACACACUUUCUGCCGAAAUUUUGCAGACAGUUGAUGUCGCAAGGAUGACUAUGCUCGAUACAGUUCCAUGUCUCAAGGAGCACCAAGUCCAAGGAACAGACGACGAAUUUAAUGAAUUAUACGCUCUUUGGGGCUAUGCCAUGGUUGUUAGCAAUUUCGAAGAAUCAGAGCAUAUGAAUGAUUAUUCAUGGCUCGAACAGAUCUUCCCGAAGGAUUUGGAGCUCAAUGAUUCAUUUAAGAAGUCUUUCGGCAAAUUCUUCAAGAAUUUCCCACCAAAAGAGAAAUUUAUAGCCAUGAAAACAUAUCUUGGUAAAAUCAGAAAGCUCGUCGGCUUCGGUUAUGAGUAUUUCGAUUGCCAAUUCCAAGAUUUAACACCAGGACAUCCAAAUAAAGUCCACAAAAACUACAAAUUCACACUUGCACCACUCAUGUUCGCUGUUGGUCCAAGUACAGAUAUGGCCAGAUUCCAAGUUGGCUACAGAUACAUCAUUACUUUCGAAACAACGAACGAAUUCUUGGUCAUCAAGUUCGUACAAGACGAACAAGGCUCUGCUGCCACCAUCAAAAUGCUCUUCAAGAACACAAUUAACGAAGUCGUCAUGAUUCUCGCCUACAACAUCAAGCUUAUCAACGAUCUCAUCCUUGCAAGAGAACUCAGAAAGAAGAAGCAGAUGGAAGAGCAGAUCAAGAGACUCAGAGGUGGUUAUGUCGACGAAAAAGGAAGAAUCUACGGCGCGAUGAUCGACUUUUACAUCACGAAAGAUCCACAAUACGUCAAUCCACGUGAUAUCUACUGGAUUGAAAUCAACUUGACCGGUGCACAAGUUGUUGUCGCUUGCUCAAACACAUUCAAACUAGAUUUGAAAGAUACAGAAUUUUGUAUACUUUACAAAUCCCCAGAAAAUAUUUAUCAAUGGGUUGCAGCGAACCAAAAGAUUGCUACAUUGAAUCCACCACGUCUAUCCACAUUGAUUAUCCUUGAGCAUUAUCCAACAAUCAAUGUUAUUCCUAUUGGUGCAAUGAAUCCUGCUCCACAACAGAUUAGAAUUGAUGCAAGUCGUUCUCUCAAUGAUUUGAUGCCAGAGAUCUGUUUGAAGUUCGAUUUGCCAUACAUUCCAGGUGUUACUCUUGCUUAUCUCCAAGACAAGAAGAUUAUCUAUUUGGAUACAGCAAGAUCAGUUCCAGAACAAGCAGAUCUCAAGAAAGAUUUCUACAUCAUGUUGAGACACUUCGCAAUUAACCCUGAUGAUAUCACUGAUCCAAUGAUGUUAUGGUUCUUGUUCUGCCAGACAAGAGAAUGCGUUUUACGUGGAACAUAUCCUCUUGAAGCCAAAGAUGUCUCCACAUUAUGCUACUUCCAAAUCAACGCAUUGACAGGAAAUCUUCCAACAAAGGAUAUGAUUCCUUCAAAUGAUUCUGAAUGGGUUCCAAAGGGAAUGAAGAAACCAAAUGUUGGCAAUUUGUUCUCAGAAUUGGCACAAAUCAAUGGACCAAUGGAUCAGCAAAACGCCAUGAGAAAAUACAUCAACUACGCAAGGAAUUGCAAAGGAUUCUCUUGCCACAUAUUCAAAGUUGAAGUUGAUAAUCUCAUGGAUUUCAAGAAAAGAAAGAUUUUCAACACAAUUUCCAUUGGACCACAAGAAAUCACUAUUUACGACGAGAAACAAAACAACAUCUUAGGAAGACUCCUUUAUUCCAAUAUCUUGACAACUGAAUCUAAAAUGGAUGAAGCAUCCAUCAAAUACAGAUGUUUGCCAGGCGGAGAAGUCCAAUACUACAACUGGUUACAUCAAGAAGCCAUCUCUAUCUAUUAUCUUGUUAACGAACUCUGCCAGAUCCACAAACAAUGUUUGACAAAUCACGGAACAAGAAUCAGAGGAGAUGGAUCAUAUGUUCAACCAGAAAACUGUGUCAAUCUUUUGACAAUUAUGGGAUUGGACGAUCCAAGGCAUGGAAUUAAUCUUACAUAUUCCAUUUACUACACAGUCCAAGAAGUUAUCAACAUGGCUUGCCAGGCAUUGAUGCUCUUAGAUGGUGCAGAAUACCUCGGAUUAAUCAGAAUGGCAAAUGGAGAAUUCAGAUGGAUGAAUCCUAAUGAUUUAUUAGGCCAUUAUUAUCCACAAGCAGGAUAUGAACUGUUCAUCUUCAACAAGUUCACGAGAGUUCCAAUAAUUCUCGAGAAAACAUACAGCGAUUCAGUAAUGAUUGAAAUUGAUAAGCCAUUGUUCAACGCAAUUCCUGAUAUCGCUGCUUAUUUCUAUGUUGAAUUCUUCAAUGGUUUCACUUUGUUCAAAGACUGGACAAAAGAUGAACCAACAAGAGACACUCCUAAGGAAUACAUCAAAGGAUUUCAACCAUUAGAUUUAACAAGAUCUAUUCCUGAACAAUUAGGUGAUGUUACUCCUCUCAUUUUCAAGAGAAGAUUCUACAAUUUCACAAAUGAAGAUAUGAGAUCAAUUGAUAGAAGAGCAUUCCUUGAAGUCAGAAAACACAUUUUGAAUUCAGAUGUCGUUUGCCCAGAACCUAAAGGAAUUGAACUUGCUGUUUACUCUAUUUUCGCUGAUGCAACAAGUCCAGAUGUUGCUAAACAUACUAAAGUAAAGGAAGCAAGAAAGAUCCUUCCUGCUUGCAUUCCUGGCAGCCAAAAGAUUGGUGAUGUUAUUGAACAUACAAUCAAGAGUUCUCCUGAUGUUAAUCCACCACCUGCCAUGAGAAAAUACGUUGCUAUUGCAAGAACUUUGUUGUUCUUCGGAUGCUCGAAAUUCUUGGUUUAUCAACAAGAUGAGAAAGGAUCUAAAUACCAAGUUUUGCUUUCAGUUGGUCCAUUUGGUAUCCACAUUCUCAGACCAAAAGAUAACUGCGAUAUCGCUAAAAUCUCAUGGCAAAACGUCAUCAACUCAACGACAAUUGCUGUUAAAGUUGACGUCAAAGUCGUUCGUUCUGAUGGCCAAAACGAUGAUCUCAUGUUUUGGACAGAACAAGCUAUUGAAAUCAACUCAAUUAUCAACCAAUACUUGAUUGCAAUGAAUCCAUGGUUAAAUGGUCGUGAACAAGUUCAAUCUUUGAGCGAAGAUCCAGCAAUUGGAAGCCUCAAGAACUCAAUCAAGACAUUCUCAAUCCCAUUGAGAUGCUCUAGUUAUGUCAGGAAUCCAGCUGCAAGACCAUUCGGCUUCAAUCCAAACUGGAAUGCCAACGAAGCAGUUAGAAUGGCUUUGUACAACUUAGGUAUCAAAAACGACAGACAACAUGUUAUGUUGUAUUUGGAUUCAAAUCAUAACUUCAAAUGGCUUGAAUCUGGAAAACAAUUGGCAACAUUAAAUCCAACAAAACUCGCAUCAAUUUACGCAAUUCCUGCUGAAAUCAAUGCAAUCGUUGUUCCUCCAAUGGGACCAAUCGAAAGAGUUUGGGUUAAGACAAGAACAAUGAUCAGAGAUAAUGUUGGACUUGUUAACAACCACUUCAAACUCGGAUAUCCAUUCGGAUGCACAUUCUACGAGUUUUCAGGUGAUGAUAUCCUUCCUCUUGAUUUCUUGAAUCCUCUUCCAACAGAAACACCUCAUUACACAGCUUUCGCAACAAGAAGAAGAUUCUUCAUCGUUACAAAAGAUAUGAUGACCAGUGAUGAAACAAUUUCUUCUUUGUUCAGAGAUUUCAAUGAACAAGUUCUUUACAAGAAGAACUCAAUACCUAAUGCAGCAGCUAUCGAAUUAGGUAUUUGCCAGUUGUACGCUGAAUGCUCUGAUGCACAACAAACAGCCAAUUUGGGUGCAACAAUCAAUCCAGACUCAUAUAGAAGAGUUGUUCCAGAAAGCCUCGAAAAGACUGAACAAAUGUACGAACAGUUCAUCAACGCUUUCUGCCAACACCACGUAAUGACAUCACAAGAAGCUGUCUACAGAUAUAUCUGCAUUGCUUCAGUCAUUCCAGAUAUUGGUGCUGAAAUGUAUGUGGCUGAAUAUAAAAACAACCAAAAUCCAGUUCAAAAUGAAACAGAAGUUAACGUCAUUUUGUCAGCAAAUGGAGUUUUCAUUCGCGACAAAUUAGAUUUCACAAUCAUCAAACAGAUCAACUACAAGGAUAUCAUUUCUUACAAGUUGACACCAGGUGUUUGCAACGUUAAAUUCCAAGAUGAAAACUUCCUUUACCAGGAUUACAAUUUCCAGACACAAACAAGAGCUGCACAAAUCAACUCUUACAUCAAUGAUAUCAUCGAUAUCUACAAGACAAUGGCUGCUUUCGGCCAAGAAAGACUUAUUGAUGAAUCAAUUCCUUACGAACAAUACGGUCUCAACAUUAACAGAAGACAAAAUGAUGGAGAUGAUAAAGGAAUUGAAGAUGUUUAUGAUGAAAUCGUUAACUUCGAUGAAAUCAGAAAGAUCGAUUUUGAUUUCGAUCGUGAUACAUUGGCUGAUAGAAACUUUGAUGAUACAUAUAAAAUCCCUCAAUCCGAUUGCGAUUUCAGGAAAUUCAAAGAUUUCAACCAAGAAGAAGCUAAAGAUAAUUUCAAUGAACAAGAUAUCAUGUGGCGUGCUGAUAAUGAAGCAUUGACAGCAACAAGAAGACAUGGUGGACUCUCAGAACUCCAAGUAAAUCUUCAAGAUUUGGCUGAAAACACGGAUCAGUUAGAUAUGACUGACAUGGCUGCAAGGUUCGCUAAAUUGAAGAACAAUGUCGAUGAUUUGGAUUUGGGAGAUCAUUCAUAUGCAACAGACUUAAGAAGUGCUUUCGAUUCCCUUGCAAACACAUCAAGAAACGCUGCUCUUUCUACUGUCAAAUUCGAUGAAGUUUCUCCACAAUUUGAUACUCAUAUCGGAAAGGCAGAAACAGCUCUCAAGACAGGUUUAGACAUGAACCAGUCAAUCAUUUCCAAACUCAAGACAGAAGCAAAGAAAUCACCACCAGCAAAUCCAGAUCCAACUGACAUUUUGUUGGCAGAAACAUUGGUAAACAUGUCAGAAAUCGAAGAACAAAUCGCCAAACAAUUCGCUGAUUCCGAAGAACUUAUCAGCAAAUUAGGAGCAGAUCCAGACAAACUUAGAUUCAACAUUCUCGAGAACUCUGCCAAACUCACUGAUCUCGCUAACCAACUCAAGAACAACAAAGGAAACAAAUCAGCAAUUGUUUCUUUGAUUCCUAAACUUCGUGACACAAUGGAUCAAUUGGAUGCCAUCAAGAAGAUGAACGAAGUUGCCGCAGCAUCAGGAAUCACUGUUGGAAACACUGAGAAAUUGCAUUCUACGUUAGACCAACUCGCUUCAAAUGCAGAGAAAAUCGCUUUGGCUUCCAAGAUGCAAGAUGAAAUGAAGAAUCCUGAAUUCGCAAAGCAGAGACAAUACCAGUUAUAUCUUGGUAACCACGAACCAGUUAAGGCAGCUCUCAAGGCUCUUAGCGAAUUACUUCCAUUGACAUCACAAUGCCAGAACAUGAAGGGAAUUCCACAAAACGAGCGUGAGAGUUUAGACAGAUAUUUGGGUGUUGUCAAACCAACUCUUACUGAUCUUUGCGAUGAUCUCAAACGCGAGAUUUCAAUGCUCAACCAAUGCCCAACAAACGAAGCUGUAAGAGCUGCCAUGUUGAACGACAUGUAUUCAGCAAUUGCAGAGUGCAAAGAAUGCGAAAAGAACUUGUAUCCUUAUGAGGGAAGAUCUAAAGAAGCAAAGAGCGCUUUAGAUCAAAUCAGAAGAAUACAACCAGGAUGCGAAGAAGCAUUACGAGUUCUUUCCACAGCAAACAUCAAUGGUACAUCUAUUGAUGAAUUGUUGAAUGCUAUGAAUGAUUACCAGCAAACUGUUGAAAAGACACCAAAGAACGUUUUGGCACAAGCUCCACAAUCAACAGUACAAGCUGUCAACAAAGACAUCACAAGCAUGAAGGCACUGGCUCCUCAACUCAAGAGAAUUGGCGACCAAUUAAAGAAAGAUCCAACAAAUGGAGAAUUGAUGGUUCAAGCACAACAACAAUUACUCCAAAUGUUGAAGGACGAACCAAUCAUUUAUGCAGAUGGUCUUUCUUUAGUUGCAUCAACUAAAUCGAAGCCACUCUCCAGUUCUGUCAAUAAUUUGCACAACGCAAUGCCAAAGGUUUUGACAGAGAACAGAUCAAUGGAAGAACCAGAUGUUGCAAGACACAUUGCUAUGUAUCAGCAGUCAAUGGCAGAACUCGAUAGACUUACCAAUCUCAUUGACUACACAGUAGAUAAAACACCAGCAUUGAGUCAAGACAACAAACUCAAGAAACAAAUUCAAGAAAUCAAAUCAAAGAUUCUUGACAAUCGUCCUAACCUUGGCAGAUGCAGAAAUGAGUUACACGCACAUCCAUAUUCACCACCAACUCAUAAUGCUGCUUACGAUAAUCUUGAGAACUCAUUGACACCUGUUGAAGACUUGUGCAACAUAGUUGACAAGAUCAAAGAGAAAGCUCCAAAUUCACCUGUUGUUGCACAUUCAGCUUUGACAGACCAAAUCAUCAAGGCAACAUUGGAAGCAUUGAAGAACGCAAAUCUCGGUGAAUUCAGGAAACCACCGAACAAAGAAGCUGUUGUCGACAUCCAGAAGAACAUCCAAGACAUGGCUGACAUGCUCAAGCACUUGUUAACAAGCAAGGAAGUUACAAGCAAACCUAAAGUCGAAGAAGCUCUCAAGAAGAAAUUAGAAGAACUUCUUGUAGCACAAGAAAAACUUAAUACACAAGUUGGAGAUCCAACAGUUGAGUACAUUCCAAUGGCAGAAGAUUUGAUACAAACAGUCCAAGAGACAAAGAAUAUCUGCAAUGGUUUGCAGGCUUUCAAGCAAGAUCCAAAGGGUACAGCUCUUGUUGACCAGACACAAUCAAAUCUUGCUUAUUCACUCCAGAAAACUCCACCAAACAUCGAUCUCGCAAACAGAUGCAUCCUCGAAAACAUCAAACCAUUGCAAGAUCUCGCAGCUGUUGCACAAUAUCUUUCUGCACGUCCUUCCGUUCAGAAUGAUCCAGCAGCAACUAAAGUCCUCAAAGAUUGGAAUGAAAACAUCAACAAGGCACUUUACGGCAUUGACAAACUCGCUCACAAUCCAAAUCCAACACUUAUGGAUCUCAAUGACGUAAAGAACAUUUUGGCACAAGUCCACCAAGACAUGGGUCAAAUUCCAAUCGAACUCAAACCACAUCUUACAAACAAGGACUUCUCGGAGUUAGGAAAGGCAAUUUGCGCUGUAAAGAACCAUUCAGGUAUUGCAGCAAAUUGCGUUAGAUUAUUACCUGUUUCUGAGAAAUUCGAGUUCGAUUCAUCACCAUUUGUUUUGAUUGAUCCAACAAGUGAUACACUAGAAGCUCUCAAGAAAGUUGCUGAAAUGGUUAAUGCUUACAACAACAUCUUGAACAGAAUUGAAGGAAGAUCCGAUUUCAUGUCUUCCAAAGAAUGCGCAACAAAUGUUACAGAACUCAAGAAGAUGCUUUCUGUUCCAUUGAAGCCAUUAACAAACUACAAGGAUGAACAAUCAGCAAUCAAGACAUUGUUAGAUCUCAGGGCUCUUAAUCCAGAUGUUAUGAAUGACGCAAACACAUUAUCAGGAUAUUUGAACAGCGAACAAUUCCGUGAGAUUUCAAAGAUCAUGACUGAUUCAUUCACAAGAGCAUAUGCAAUGAUGACAAGACCACAUGUAACUAAGGCUAACUCAGAUGCAGUUACUUCAUUGUUAGUUGACUUGAUGAAGAAGGCACAGCCAUUAGUUGAUUCAUCAUUGAACAACAAGACAUUGCAAAGUGACAAGAAAUUGUAUUCCAAGUUGCAAGCAUAUGAUAAAUUGUUACCAAAUCUCAUUGACAAUCUCAAGAAGAUGACAAUCAAGCAACAGCAAGAAGCAGUUGAUGAUUUACACCAGAAGACAGCCAAAUUACUUAAGAUGCUUGAAGACAAACCGGAUUGCAUCGGAUUGAUUGAUAAGCUCGAGCCAAUUUACACAGCAACAAAGAAGUAUACAACAGGAGAAAGAGUUCCUGUUAAAGUUGCUGGUCUUUUGAUUCCUCGUCGUUCGAAGAAGGAUGAAGAGAAGAACAAAGACGCAUUCAAGGCUGCUUACACAUCAAUCGAUGCUUCUAAGGCCAAACCAAGUGAUAUCAAGACAAUCACUGAAGGUUUGAAUGCAAUCAAGAACGCUAAAACUGGUGUUCCUCAGCACUUAAUUAGAAGUGCAACAGCAAUAUUACCUUUAGUUGAAAAGGGAGAUCCAGUCAAUUGCUCUGAUGCUGCAAGAGUUUUAGCUACUGCUUCUAGUGAUCCAGCAACAAGAACUAAACAAAUGACAGAUUUAGCAUUCAAAGAUGUUCUCAAGGCAUCAUUAAACAUGGGUGAUGUUCAAGAUGCAAUUAAAGCUCUUGAGGACAUCAUCAACAGGAAUGCAGGAGAUUUACCAGAAGAUUUCAUGGAGUAUUAUUCAGAUGCAUUGAAGAACAUGAGAUUGUUGAAUGAUCCUAAAGUUUUGGAAGUAUUGAACACUUUGUCUGCUUCAAUCAAAGAAUACCAGCCAUUGCAUGCUGUCGAUGAUGCUGUUCGUGGAAUGAUCAAUAACGCGAAAGACAUCAAAGGCAUGAAGAAGCCUAUGCAAGAUUUGCAAACAGCUCUUGCUAAAGCGACACCAUGGCUUAAUCAAGCCGACUUAGCAAUGGCAGGAUUAGUUGAAUUACAAGCAGAUUCAAUUGCAAAGAAUGCUGAAGACAUCAUUCACGCUGAUGAACUUGGUAAAUUACCAGAAGAAACAGCCGAUCUCGUUAACAACAUGGUUCUUCUUCUUAAGGACAAGGACAGAAACACAGCAUUCAAUAAACUCAAUGCUCAAGGAUUGGCUAAACUUCUCAAUGAAUUCCAGCAACAGCAUCUUCCAAAGAUCAACAAGAACACACCAGAUACAACACAAAAGACAGCAAUCAAUGAUUCUGUCAACAGCUUGAACAAUCUCAAUCCAGUUAUGAGAUUAUGGACAAACAAACUCGACAAGAAUGAACCAGAAUUAAUCAGAAAGGAUGCUGAAUCAGAACUCCUCAAGGCCAUGGAAGAUUUGUUACUUGCUGCAAAUACAAAUACUCCAUUACAGCAACAGAAGAUGAACCUUGCUUCAACAGAUGGAAGAUUGCAAGCUUUGUCUCAGAAAUUACAAGAAUAUUCUGCUGCAAACAAACCAGUUCAAAAGGUAAUUUCUGAUAUCGGAAAAGCACACUCCAACAUUGUCAAACAGAAGAAAUCUAAGAAACCAGAUAUCACAGAUUCCAAAGGAAACAUCGAAGAAGCACUUAAAGAUCUCAAAGAUGUUGAUCCUUCAAUUGUUUCUAAGGAUGACAGAUUCAAGAUUGACACUAAAGGACUCGAUAAAGAUGCUCUUACAACAGCUAAAGCUGCAAAGAAGAUGGCCAAAGCACUUGACGCAGAACUCGAAGAUGACAUGGAUAUCAAUGAUUCCGAUUUCGAUUCAGAAGAUCUCGGCAAAGGCGGAAAGAAGAGAAGAAGGAGGAGACUACGCAAGAGGAAACAUCGUGGACGGCUGCGUGGAGCUCUCAAGGAUGAAAUCAAGGCACAGAAUGAUAUCGAUGACAAGAAACUUGCUGCUCUUGUUAAAUUACAAGAAGACAGACCAUUCCCAACAGAUAUCAAAGAAGCUCUCGAUGCUCUUGAUAAGUUAAUUGACGAGAACGCUCCAAUUGUUCCUCCAAUUCCAAACGAAGUCUUCAAUGCUCCAACCUUCACACAACAGAUGUUCAAAGAGUUACUUGGCGGACAAGAGAAAUACAACUUAGUUGACAGAUUGACAUCAUUACAGAAAGAACAAAGAACACUUUUCGCUGAUGUCAAGAAGUUGGAUGAUCCUGAAAUCAAAGAUCUCAAAGAUUACAACUCCAAUGAUAUUCAGGACGCAAUUAUCUCACUCCAGAGACAAUUAGAUAACAUGAAUGAUCCAAACAAACUUCUUGAAACACAGCAACACAUCGAUGCAAAUCAAUUCAAGUUGCAACAAAAGAUUUUGUCACAUGCAGCUGAUUUGACAAUGCAACCAGAUUCAAGAUUACCUUUGUCACAAACGAUUGAUUUCAUGAGAAAUGCUGAAGAUGAUUUACUCGAGAAUUUGAUCAUCAAUCAUGGAAAUGAUCCUGCCAAAGUUGAAAUUGUUCAAGCUCCAUCAUUGCAGAGAACAAUCAACAGAGGUGUUUCUCUUUCUGAUAUGAUUGACAAGUUGUCAACACUUGCAACACAAUUGUUGCAAAACAACCCUGAUGUUUUCAAGUACGCAAAGACAAAGGAAGGCAUGAAAGUCAUGAACCAUCCUCUUUCUAGUCACGACAUCAUGGAGACUCAAAAGGAAAUCACAAGCCAAUUAAGCCAACUCAAUUCUCCAGAGAUUCUCGCAGUCAGACACAAAGCAAUGCCUCCUGAAGGUGUCAUCCAAGAAAUCAGAAUAUUAGAACAUCUUUUGGAUCUUUUGACUGGAGCAAAUGGAGAUGCAAUCAUCGGAAAUGAAGACAUUGAACCAACAGAAGACGCAAUUUUCGAUAAGAUCAAUAGCGAUCAGAUCAGAAUUGCUUCUGAAGAUCCAAGCAAACUCAAGUUGCCAUCAUUAGUCAAUACUCACAAGGCUCUCAAGGCAGAACAUUAUCUCCUUGACACAAUUGCAAGACUUGAUUUGGCACAGAGAUUAGGACAAUUGCAGCAGCAACAAUGCGCAAUUUCUGAAGUUCCUAAAGGAGCAAUGAAUCCUGAUGAAGCUUCAUUACAACCAGCAGCAGCAGUUCACAGAGAAUUGCCAUCAAUUCUUGAACAAGUUGAUUCACUUGAUAAUCCUAAACAAUUAGUUGACAUCAUCAAGAAAUUGUCACCAGGAUCAAUUUCAGCUCAACAACAAAUAUUGUUACAGUUGGCUUCGAUAUUGACUCAACCAAAGGUUUUGGGCAAAUUCCCUGAAUCAUCGAAGAUCACCAAAGUUGCGGGCAAGAAAGUCAUGAACAAACUCCAAGAGUCAAUCAUGAAGAGAACAGCAGACAUGCUCUGCAACGAGCCAGAUAAAAUUGCUGAUGUUGAUAUCGAACAAAGUACAUCUCCAAAUGAUUCACUCCAAGCAUUUGAUUAUGCUUCACAAGUAUCACAACAAGCAGGCAACCUCGCAAGCUUGCUGUCACAGAUCCACCAGAACUCAAUGAAUGCUGCAAAGACAGGAAACGAAGCAAAGAACAAUGUCCACAAGGGAAUGGAAGGAAAGAAGUUCGAACAAGUUAAAGAACCAUUCGAAGAACUUAAGCAUCUCCAGAACACUUCUCCAGAAGAAAUCAAGGAUUAUGUAACUGAAUUAGAUCCUAAGGAACAAUCCAUUGCUUAUCUCCUUGCUGCUGACAGACUCAAGGCUUUGCAGGAAACUCCACAUGGAGAUCUAAAGGUUUCUGAUUUGAGCAUGGCUUCUAAAGUUUUCGAUCAUGCUGCUUUGAUCCAAAGAAACAAGGCAGAAACAGACAAACUUCCAGCACCAAAUCUUGCAAAUGUCAACAGCAGAAUUGAAGAUUCCAAAGCAGAACUCGCCAAGAGAAAUGUCGCUGACAUGUUAUCUGCUUUACAGCUCCAGAGAAUUGCAAAUGCACCAAACUUAGUUGAUGCUGCUCAUUUGGAUGAAAAGCUUCUUUCAAACAUCACUGCAGAUUCAAUUGGACAAGCAGUUGAAGCAGCACAAGCACAAGUUAAAUUGUUAGGAAAUGCAGAUAAACUCAAGGCAUCAAUUCUUGCAAAUACUCCUGAACAAUUAGCUGUUCAACAAGCUUUGUUGACUGAUUCAAUGAAACUCACAAUGAAUGAUGAUUUCAUGAAUCCAAUUCUUGCUCAGAUCGAUUUCAAGAAGGAGAAUCCAACAUCUCCACAAGUUGCAAACAAGAUCCUCAAGGAAAUCCUCGACAAACAAGCACAGGCACUCAAAGGAGAUCCAAUCGCUGUUUCAAGAGUUACUUUGGACACUCCUGGACAGUUGGCGGAAAUCCACGCAGAUACACUCGAACAGAAGGAAAGAGCCAAACUCAAUAACCAGUUCUUGACAGCUAUUGAUGCUUUGUCUUCUUUGUCCCCUGAAGGAGUUAAACUUGCAAAGGCUUCUUCCGGAGGACUUGCUAAAGAUCUUGAACCAGCAGAUUUGGCAUCAUUACAAGAAUUGAUCAAAUCAAUUAUUGUUGAGCCAACAAAGACGAAAUCAAAGAUCAAAGAAACAUCAGCAAACGAAAUUGCAACACUCUUGAGUUUGCUUGAUGACAUGUCAAAGACCGUUCAACCUUUGACAACUGCUGAACGCCAGAAAGUCAACGAACUUUCAAAGAUCGGAUUAGAUCCAAACAAUUUACCACAAAUUGCUGCUGUUUCUGCUGAUACAGCCACUCCGAAAAAGGAAGGCAAGAAGCUAUCAGCCAAGAAAUCAACAGCAAAGAAGGAUGUCGAUCUCAUUCAGCAACAGAAGAAAGGAGCAAGACCAAUCUCCAUCUUCAACACUCCAAUUAAGAUUGAUGAAGCAUCAAUGAGAGGAAAGGCCACUGAUUCAAGGAAGCCUUCUCUUGCUGAUGCUUUAGAUGCAUUAGUUCGUGCUGCAAAUGGUGUUGUUGACAUGUUACCAACAAUGUCAUCUGUUCCAUUGAAAGAAGCCAAGGAAACACUUCUCAAAGACACUCAACUCGCGUUAGACAUCCUUGAUGAUAUCCUCAAACGCAAGGACAGAAAUUACAACCCACAAGUUGGAAUUUUGACUGAAAUGGCUCCAGAACUCAUUGCAGCCAUGUCAAGAGUUAUUCCAACAUUAGAUAAGUCAUUAAAGGACUCAUUACCUGAUGAUCCAUCAACAGUUCUCCCAACAAUUUCAAGUAUCCAAAAGAACGCAAUUAAUUUGGAUAACAACAAAGCAUAUGAAGAUUACAAGAAAUCAGCUUCAAAUCUUCAAGAAAUGCUCAAGAAAGUUAACGCUGCAAUUGGAAAUAUCAAUGCAGAUCCAACUGUUUGUGUUGCAAACAUUGUUUCACAAGCAAAGAAGAUCGAUUUACCAACAUUAAACAAGGAGUUGAUGGACUUCCAAGCAGCCAAAGUUAACGCGUUAAAGAGCGGCCAGAACAAGAAACAAAUCGGAUCAUUCGAUCCAAUCAUUUCCCAGAUUGUUCCUCAAGUGAGAACAGCGAUCGCAAAGCCUCCUGGAUCUAAGGAGAAACAGAGCGAUUCACAAGGAUUGGAUGAUCUUCUCAAACGGCUCCAGAAAGCUCUCGACAAAGAAGUUUUCGAUCCAUUUGCUUCAAUCGAAGCCUUGGCGAGACCAUCAGACAUCCCUGCUUUCAUUGGAACAGUUAAACCAAAGAUUGAAACAACAAGCAAUGCUUUGAUCAAAUCUGUUUCAACACAGGAAAGAACAGGAGCAGAGAAAUCAGUAGAAGACCUCAUCAGACACACAACAGAUGCUCAGGCAGCUAUGUUGAAGGGAAUUGACUUGAAACCAACAAAUUCAGUUCCAGAACUGGUCAAUUUCUUCAACGGAGUUAACACAUCUAUGAAAUCUCUUGACUCAAUAUUGAACCAGACAAAGAAUGCAGCAGCAACUCCUGUUGCAUUGAGAAGAUGCCAGAGAACAAUCGAAAGAGUUGUUGACCAAUUGAACGACCAGAUUCAAAUUUUAGAUAGAACUGCAAAGCCUUCUAAAGUCGAUGAAAAGAAGAUUGAAUUCAUCAAGGCUGCAGCUGCAGGUUUGCAACCAUUAGUAACAACUGUUUCUGCAAGAGCUUCUGCUCCUGUCAAAGAAAUUUUCUCAUCGAAAUUGCAGGCAAAUCUCCCACAAAUCAAGACAAAACUCGAUGCAGUAAAGAAGGCAGGAACAGCUAUUGCAAAGGUUGUUGCAGACAAACAAUCACUUGACAUGCACAAACAAGUCGGUGAUUUACUCAAAGCACUCAACGAGUUCAUGGAUGAUGUCCAGGAUCCAGACAAGACAUCAUUGUUGGAUGCUGCAGGAAACCUCGUCAAAGUCUCAGGAAAAGUUGCAGAAACAGUCGGAUUCGUUGCCCAAUUAACAGACAAGAAUGAUGCUUCUCCUGAUGUCGCAAAUAGCUCCAGACUUCCUUCGAGAUUUGUUUUACCAAUUCUUCCAAACGACGUCAAAGUUAACUCCAGAAGUGAUUUGUACAACGAAAUCAACGCUUUGACAACAGAAUACAACAAACUCGAGAAUAAGUUCUUGGAAGUCUCAUUAGCAGAAAAGACAUCCAACGGAGAACUCGCGGACAGAAUGAUUGAAUUGUACGAGAAAAUGAAAGUUUUGGCAUUGAGACAUCUCUUAAUGUCAACAUCCACAAACAACCUCGAUAACCAAGACCAGAUGGCCAAGGAACUCAACAAUGCGGCCGUCAACUUCAACAAACAGCUCAGAACAUUGAGAGGAAGAUUCCUCUUGAGUGUGAAGAGCUGGGACAUGAGAGCUCCUCUCAUGGUCAAUGCAGUUACAGACAGCACUAAGUUACUUUUGCAGAUUUCGAAGAAGAUUGCUGAUGAAGAAACAGCGAACGAAGAAUUCAAGAAGGCAUUAGGUUUCCAGUUUACGCAGGCCCUGGGACCUUUGUCUCAAGCACAAACAGCAAUCAACUCCGAUUCAAGCAUCUGCAAGGCUCUUCCAAAGGGAGAAAAGAAAGAAUGGGCAACAGCGAUGGUUGACAUUGGAAAGAACUUAGGAGAUGCUGUCCAGAAGGUCUUCAAUUAUCUCAAAGACCAUCCAAGCAAGAAGAUCAAACCAGAAGCAGUUUCCGCUUUCGCUUCCAACCUCACAACGAAACUAAAUGGAAUUGACAUGCACGCGAAGGAAGUAUUCGCAGGAAGAGGAAAUCCAGCAGCACACUGCUGUGAAGCAAUCAAAGACUUGUCAUCAUUAGGUCAGGCGUUCUCAGAUUCAGUAACAGGCAUCGAUAUUCCUGGCCUCAAAGAUGCAGUUAUUUCCAUUUGCAAGGCUUCAGACAAAACAUUCGCAAAUGCAGAAGCAGCAAUGAAGAGAGCAGGUGCAACCGAAGCAACAAUAGAGAUGGAAGGAACUUACCUCGGAGAAGAAGACUUAAUGAAGCGUUUGAUCUUAGAAGCAAAGGUUGUGAAGGCAAGACUUUUCUUGGGAAGAUACGAAAACAAACUCAAGGCACUUAAUUAA